AUGAAACCACUAUUAAUUACUAGCAGUACUACCAGUAGUACUAACACAAUGCUUCAAAUCCUUCCGCACCAACCUUACACCAAUUUCUCCAAACUUCCUAAAUCAACCCUUGAAAAAGGUCAAGAAAAAACUCAAAAGAAAACUGCACAGCAGAAAUCCAAAAUGCAAACUCUCAACUCCACGCAAUGCAGCAGCAGCAUGGUGUUGAAGGAGGAAAGUAUUUCCUACUCACACCCAGAAACAUCCCAUCAAAUAAUAUCUACUAAUAACCAACAAGAAGCGGCACCAACAAUCCACUCCAUGGAUCUUACCAAAAACAGAAGAGUUGUGGCGAAAAGUACGAAGACCAUUCUGGCAAGCGUCACUCCAAACAUCAACAAACAAAAAGCCACCAAAACAACUUCAAGCAUAACUCUGGUCUCUCCAACUCGAACAUUGUCUGCCACCACGAUAAAUAAUUUCACACAAGAUUCUCAACCAGUUUCGAAUAAUAAUACAAUGCCAUUCACCACUGUUGUGACUAAUGCAACAAACAGAAAGAAGAAUGUUCUCAUGUCAGAUUCACCAUCUUCGUCAACAUCUUCAUUAAAUUCAUCCUCAUCCUCAUCAAGUAAUUUUGGUCAACAAGUGGAAAUAUUGGUCACCAUGGAUUCUCCACCUUCACCACAAGUUACUUCAGUGCAAAAGAAUUCUGUCAGAAAGACCAUCAAGGAAUACUAUAAAAUUGAAGGACUGCUGGAGAAGAAUGAUGAAGGAUUGCAAUUACUGCGAGCCUAUCUAUCCGAAAGAAGAAACGACGAAAUGUUAAUCUAUCUGGAAAGUAACAGAGAAUUCAGACUGAUGAGAAAGAAUUAUGCAAAUGAUGUAAAUAUGAGCCGUAUAACUUUAGUGCGAGAAUUUAAAACCAUUUAUGAAAAUUUUGUAAAUUUUGAAAGUUUAACAUGUAUGAAUAUUGCAAGCUCUAUCAGAGAAUCUUUCACACAAACUUUGAAGGAAGUUCAAGUACUUUCUCAAGAUGAAAUACCUAAUCAGACACUGUGUGAGAGGAUGGAAAAGUGUUUGGAUACUUUAUUGUUUAAUAUUCAAUUACAAUUCAAUAAUGAAAUAAUGACACAUUUUAAGAAGAGUUCAGAAUUCAAGACAUUUGUAAUUACCAAACUUAUAGAACUUAGUGCGAGUGAAACAUCUUCGAUAAUGGAAGAUAUGGAAAAGACAUCUCCAAGAACUCCUGGUGAACAUUUAAUUUCGAAUAUUUUGGUCGAUAAUGAAAUGGAAGAAUAUUCCAAAACAUUUACCAAAAAGAAACUUGUAACAUUAGAUCAAAUCAGACAUUUUACAGCAGAUGAUUAUCGUGAUAAGAUUGGAAUGAAGAAAAUUGGACAUUUGAAACGUAUUGUAAGAGUUGUCAAUGAACAUUUCAAUAAACAAUCAGGAUCGACUUGCUAA